AUGUCUGCCGUAGUGUGCGGCAAGAGGUCCUCCAUCUUCGCCGACGAGCUCAUCCCCUCCUCUCCGCCUUCCCCUCCCCACCACCACCCUUCCAAGCGGUCCCGCUGCUCCCCGACCCGCGCCUUCGACGACGCCGCCGCGGCCCACCGGCGGGAGGCGCUGCUCCACCACCUUCGCUCCCUCUUCCCUCACAUGGAUCCCCAGAUUUGUGAUAUUUCUAAUUCUCCAAAUGCUAUGGUGUUGGAUGCUGAAACCAGGAGAACUGUGCAAUUCAUUCAGAAGGGGUGGCUGACAGCCAAACUGUACAAACCAUACCAGAAGUUGCUUGAAAGAGCUCUUGAAGCAUCUGGAGAUGAUUUGGAUUUUGCAAUAAGGAGUUUGAAUGACCUGCGCCUGGAGUCAGCUGAGGCUAUCUUUUCAGCUGCAUUUAGUGAACCUGAGAAUGGCCUGUCAACAGCCCUUAAGUUAUCGGCUGAAGGUAAUGGCCAAUUGGAUGCUAUUAGUGGAAAUCCACCUGCGACAGAUAAUUGUCAGACAAAUCACCAUAGCUCUGAAUGGGUUGAGCUAUUUGUUAGAGAGAUGAUGAGUGCCUCUGACAUAAAUGAUGCACGGGCUCGUGCAUCAAGAGCUUUGGAGGUUAUUGAGAAGUCCAUCAUGGAGCGGACAGGAGCCGAGGCAGUGCAAAACUUGCACAAGGAAAAUAAGAUGCUAAAGGAGCAAUUAGCAAUAGCUCUUCGAGAGAAUGCUGUUCUGAAGCGGGGGGUUGCAAUCCAACACGAGCGCCAAAAAGAGUUUGAUGAUAAGACACAGGAGGUUCACAACCUAAAGCAAUUGAUUUUGCAGUAUCAGGAACAACUAAAGACUCUCGAGAUCAAUAAUUAUGCACUUAGGGUGCAUCUACAGCAGGCUCAGCAGAACAGUUCAAUGCCCGGGCGUUUCCACCCUGAUGUUUGCUGA